CUGGAUCGCCAUGCACUGUUAACACUAAGUCUGGUCUCUCGGAUGUUUCGAGAUAUUGCUCAACCUGUUCUCUACCAUGAAUUUACUCCAGGAUAUGGACAUUCCUUGAAGUCGACAGCGUAUAUAUGGGACAGGCGGCUCAUAUCAUUUAUGCGGACUGUGGCAAGACGUCCCGAUUUAGCUAAACUGACUAAGCGAUUCUAUAUACACCAUUAUCUAAUUAAAGAUAUCGAUGUUGGCGAUGCCAUGCACGCUCUCUACGAAGCAGCGCACGGAAUGGGCUAUGAUCUAUCACAUCGUAGUUUCGGCGAGAGUCCGAUGUUAUUGAGAUUUCUCUCUUCUCCCUUGAAUGUAACAAAGGACUUGAAAGCGCCCAUCUUACGAGGUGGUUUAAAAUCCAAAGAAGAACCGACUCAGAGGCAGAGGCGAUGGAUGGAUGCUGAAUUGGUGUCGAUGGUGAUUGCUCAGUUGCCGACCCUGGAGCAUCUUAGUCUAUGUGUGGCGCCAUAUGGUCCUGGAGACUGUGCUCCACCAUCCGCUCUGGAAGUUCUCGGUAUUUCUAGUCUAUCUAUUAGGACCAUGGAUAUUUUUCUUGAUGCUGACGAUAGUGAUAUGGGGUUUGAUUUGGAAACCGGGCUGCGUAGUUUGCUACGUUGGUCACUCCAGUUAACAGCGAUAUAUCUCCAUAAAUGUGCAGCAACAUUCAACCGGGUACCCAUUAUCUCACUGCCACGCUUGUCAAAUAUUCGCAUGACCGAAAGCAGAAUUGGAGAGGGCGGUUUAGAAUCACUGCUGAACUCAAGUCCAUGUCUACGCACAUUUUUCUACGAGGCAGCGUAUUCGGAAGACUGGAACGAAGGCCUGAAUGGACGAUACCAUUUCCAAUCCUUCCAUGCGAUUGAUGCCCUGGGUAGACAUUGUGAGAUACUUGAAUUAUUGCACUUAGAUCUCAAAGAGUGGGAUGCGGUACUGGCGGCCCAUGGUAGGGACAUCCCGCCCUUUCCAAGUCCCAAGAACUUCACUUCACUUCGACGAUUGUUUUUGAGGGCCACCGCAAUAUUUCUUAACCGUCCAGGGCUAUCCGAGGACCACAAAUUACUAAUUGAUAUCCUCCCACGAUCAUUAGUAUCGCUACAUAUCGGUGACGAUUUUGGGGAAAUUCUUUCGCGUCUGGCAAAUGCCUUGCUUGGUCUUGCAGAUGUUGUAACAUCCCCAAAACACCAUGGAGAACAACACUUUCCGCGCCUCAGGGAGAUUCGAUGUGAC